UGAAAGAAUCUGUUGAAGAAAAAAGGCCGGCGAUGAAGCUAAUAACGUUGGCUCUCCUCGCGUGUUUUGUGUUCUGCCUAGCUAUCGCGAACGAAGACGACGAGUCAGAUUCCGGGAGAGAAAGUGGUGGGCCCGCGGCAACGCCUGGCGAAAACGAAAAAGAUGACGAAGAUGGCACAGAGUCUGCGCAAGGGGGUCCUGCAGCUAUGGGAAGCACUGGUAUUAAACCGGGGAGUGCCAGUGAAUCGGCCCGAAAACAAGUGCUUUCACCAGGAACAGAAAAGGCCUUGAAGAAGCCGGCAAAACUACCCCCGAGGUGCCGUUUGUCGCCAGAAGGAACAAAUUGUGCCGGGUCAUCUCAAGUUCAGUUGUGGUAUUAUGACUCAACGAGCCAGCGUUGCCAACGCUACUUUGUCGGAGGAUGCAAAUCACUUAUAGGAGGAUUCGUGUUUUGCCAGCAAUGCAUGAGGCGAUGCAACAGAGCUGCAAACGCCAAGAAAGCCUGCCUUUCUUAAGGUGAAUGGGGAACUCCUGGUUAUAAAUUGUUUGAUUCAGUCAUCGUCUUCUGUAGUGGACGCCAGUUGGUCAGAAAACUGUGUUAUCCUAAUAAAUUAUUGGAGAAGAACUAGA